AUGUGCGUUUCGAGACCGACCAAGAUUCUCAGGUAACUAAAGCUUCCGCGAACGCGGCUACGUGGAAUUCUGAUGGAUCUCUAUGGUUUCCAUGUCACUAACAAAAGAUUUUACAGAAAUCGAACAGAUGCCAACUCACUUUUAAUAACUGACCAGCCGCUUUCGGCAACAAGAAUCUCACACAAUACCCUAACUGUAAGGGAAACUGAAAUAACCCAGGAGCUUAGAAAAGAUGCGAAUUCGAAACAUAUGUCCUAUGUGUUCCAAAAACAAGUGCAUGUUUGGAUUUUGCCACUUUCACUUUCACAAUCAAAAUUCGGUGGAAGAAAGAAACCCUCAUCGGCUUGCACAAUAAUCACCGUUCAAAUUGCGCACGAUUUCCUCAAAUACAAUUUCGCUGUCCCCUUCAAACAGACAAAUUAUUCGCAAGCAUUGCCAUCAACAGUGAUGGAAGUUAUGAUAAAUGCGAUAAUUGAUGGAAAUGAUACGCAUGGAAAAGCGAUGAAUGCGCGGCGAAAUGGAUUUGUUGGCGAGUUGGCGAAAGAGAAUUUGACGAGUGAUUUGGUGAUCGAUCCGCCCUAUUUGAUGUGCAAUGUUUUGUUGAAGAAACCGUUUCGUGAUACGUUUACAGUGCCCGAAGCGAUUCGAGUUCAUCGACCGGAAAUGCACGAGAUUGAUUAUAAAUGUUUUGUGGGGCCGUUUAUUCCGAAUCUUAUUCGAGCAUUGAUGAGUGGGAUUGAGAGGUAAGAAUGGGAAUAAGAUAGCUUCUGAUAUUUUGUAUGAAAUUUGAAAAUAUAUUAUCAAUCUUAUCGGGUGAUUCAGGUCGAUAAAUUUUUUUUUUAAUUUUUGAUUAAGAAAAUGUCAAAAAACUAUUUUUCCACACAAAAAUGAAAAAUAUCUCGCAGCGAAAAUGUUUCAAUCAAAAAAAUAUCAAAAACUAGGAAAAAAAAAGUUUUUUGACAUUUCUGAAUCGAAAAUUUUUGGAAAAAACUUCUUUUUUUUAGUUUUUUUUUUCGACUUGAAUUACAAUUUUUUCUCCGAAAAUCCAAAAAUCCACGUUUCAAAUAUGAAUCCACGCGUUAUCAGGUCAAUUCCACGUGGAACUAUUUUUUUUUUGACCGAAAAAAAACGUGGCAAAAGUAGAAAUUUUUGCUUUUUCUGAACACCCCAAAAUCCACGUGUCAAAAAUCUAUUUUAGUUCAUGAACUUGAAAAAACUGUAAAUCUGGAGCUAGCUGAAAAUCCACGUGGCAAGCAGUAGCAAUUUGGAUUUCCCGCGGCAAAUUCAAAAUUCCAAUCAAAUUUUUCCUUCCAGCGAUUAUCUCUCAAAUUUGAAUCGCCUCGUUUUCGGAGUUUUGGCAUUCGAAAGAGCCAUGUCAUAUAUUUAUGAUCGACCAACUGAUACAAUUUGUCUAAUCGAUACCCACAUGCAUUUUCAAGGUCAAGUUGGAUCAGUAAUUGCCAGCUCGGCUUUGGAUGAUCUCGAAGAUUUUUUGAUAACAACAACAAAAUGUGUAUUUCAGGAGGUUUUCAAAAAUCGCAAUUUUCAUGGGGUAACUUGUCACGUCAUUUUAUAUUUCCCUUAAAAAAUCAAUUCUUCUAGCAAUUCGAAAUCACUUGUCUAAUGGUCAGCGAAAUCUACAAUAAAACACAUCGUGGCGCGAUUUUCAAAUGUGGAAAAGAUGCGCCGCCCGAAAUUUCGAAAUCAAAAAUGACUGCGAGUUUGAAAUCUCGAAUGAUGAAAGUGUCUGUGGAAAAUGGAAAUGAAGAAGAUAGUGGAUAUGAAAGUACUUAA